CAGUUCUCCUUGCCUCCUGUUUCUAUAUCCCUCUUCCAAGUGAGCCUGGCCUCAUCAGCUCUUCCGCAUGGUCUCAGCCAUCUGUUCUAUUCCCGCUGCCACUUCCUGCAGGUGGUGAAGGACAACAGGGAUUAUUAUGCCAACCUGCAUGCUGCUUUCUAUCGGGAGGAAGAUGCCUGCAGAACCCUCCUGGAAAACAAAGAUGCCAUAGACUGGGACAAAGCCUUCCAGCUGCAAGGUCUCCAGGAUGGGCUCUAUCAGGCUGUGAAAGACAUGGCAGAGGCUCGACGUGUCCACAUGGAGCCCUAUUUCUACCAGGCAGUGCUGCACCCUGAUGCAGCCAUGUUUUGUCGGAACCAGCUCAGAAGUGAGCCCCUCCACCUGGGGACACUCCGCCCAUCUGAUGCACCUCUGGUCAAUGACACCUGGGCUUUUGCAAGCAAUGAUCGGAGCCUGCGCUACCUCAGGAGCCUGAUUGAGGUCUUCCCAAAUGCUUGCCUCCUAGAUCAGAAAGGGCAGCUGGUUGCCUGGUCCCUAAGUGAUGUCCUUGGGCGUAUGAUCCAUGGCUACGCUCUUCCUAAAUACCAGGGAAAGGGUCAUAUGAAAACAGUGUUGCAGGCUCUAGGCAGGAAGUUGCACACUAAGGGUUUUGUCUCAUAUGGGGGAGUUCUGCCAGAGAACCAGAACUCCAAGAAACUUUUAAUUAGUCUGGGCUUCCAUCUCUUGUCUUUGAGAAAUUAUGUGUUUUUGUUCACUCCAAAUCACCUGAAAUAGCCUUCCUGCAUUUUCCCUCCUAGAAUCAGUGGCACCUGUACUGUCUUCAUUAGACUGAGAGGUUGGGACUAUAUUUGAACCUUGGAUUUAAGCAGUGGUGGGCUUCAAACGUUUUAGCAAAGGGUUCUCUGCCUGUUUGCUAUAUGGGUGUGGCCUAGUCGGCCUCCUGCACCACAGGGAGGGGGGCAUUUUUGCCCUCCCUGGCUCCGGAGGCCAAAAUGGCCUGCCUGGGCUCUGGAAGCUCUCUGGAAGCCAGAAACGGGCCUAUUUUUCACCGUCCCCGAG